AUGACAGAUAAUGGUUGGAGAACACGUGAUGGAUCUUUGGCUGAUUAUUUUUUUGGUGGUGUUAAAGGUCAAAUGAACUGUGCGUGUAAGGUAGAUAACUCGUGCUAUUCUGGUUUAAACUGUAAUUGUAACGCCGAUGACCAUGUUAUAAGAGAAGAUGAAGGAUUUUCUGCAUAUAAAGAUGAUUUACCAGUUACAGCAUUUUUAAAUGGGGAUACAGGUAUGACUCUUCAACGUAUCAUGUUGUCAUUGCACUAA